CGGGACCACAUGAGCGGCUAUGAAAAGCCUAGCCGGGGUCGGGGGUUCUGUGCCCCCAGCCCCGUGCUCCUCCUGAGUCUACUGACGGCAGCUCCACUUGGCCUGCUGGGGGAGGAGACCCGCCAGGUGUCUCUGAAGGUCAUCUCUAACGCGCCAGACUUUUCCCAGAACCUGCUUCAUAUUCGGGCAGUGGGCACCAACUCCACGCUGCACUAUGUGUGCAGCAGCCUGGGUCCCCCAGCAGUGCUGUUGGUGGCCACCAACACCCCCAACAGCACCCUGAGUGUCAACUGGAGCCUCCUGCUCUCCUCUGAUCCUGACGGGGGCCUGAUGGUGCUCCCCGAGGAGAGCAUCCAAUUUUCUUCUGCCCUUGUCUUUACCAGGCUGUUUGAGUUUGACAGCACCAAUAUGUCCGAUGCGGCCUCAAGGCCUCCAGGAAAAUCAUAUCCUCCGUACUCCUUGGCCAAUUUCUCCUGGAACAACAUCACUGACUCACUGGAUCCUGCCACCCUCAGUGCCACAUUUCGAGGCCACCCCGUUCACGACCCCACUGGGGCUUUUGCCAAUGGCAGCCUGGCCUUCAGGGUCCAGGCCUUCUCCACCUCUGGCCGACCAGCCCAACCCCCUCGCCUCCUGCACUCGGCGGACACCUGCCAGCUAGAGGUGGCCCUGGUUGGGGCCUCUCCCCGGGGAAACCGCUCCCUGUUUGGACUGGAGGUAGCCACCUUGGGCCAGGGCCCUGGCUGCCCCUCAAUGCAGAAGCAGCACUCCAUCGAUGAUGAGUACGCCCCCGCUGUUUUCCAGUUGGACCAGCUGCUAUGGGGCUCCCUCCCAUCAGGCUUCAUGCAAUGGCGACCAGUGGCUUUCUCCCAGAAGCAGGGCAGCCGGGACUCAGCCAUGCCCUGCCAAUCUUCCCCACUUCACCCUACCUUGGCAUACCUUCUCCCCCAGUCACCCAUUGUCCGAGCCUUCUUUAAGACCCAGGACCACUCCUGUGCCUUCAAUCUGACAUUUGGGGCUCCCACAGGCCCUGGCUACUGGGACCAACACUACCUCAGCUGGUCCAUGCUCCUGGGUGUGGGCAGCCCUCCAGUGGAUGCCUUGUCCCCGCUAGUCCUAGGCAUCAUGGCAGUGGCCCUAGGUGCCCCAGCACUCAUUCUGCUGGCAGGAGGCCUGUUUCUGCUGCUGGGCCGCAAGCGGGACUCUGAAUACCAGUCCAUAAAUUGAGGCCUGCUCUCUAGAGGAAAGGACAUUACUGGACCUGCCUUGCUGGUCUGCAGGUUUGAGGGUCAGUAUUCCCAGGCAGCUCCUCCUCUUUUGUAUCUUCCUGUUCGGUAGAACCUCAGAUCAGCUUCAACUUCCUGGGGGACCCAGGUGGGGCUUCCUUCCAACUCUGAGGAGGGACCAGACACAGAAUGAUUGCUAGAGGGAGGGUCCCCUCCGUGUUGCCUCCCCGUUCCUCCACCAUCCCAUUUCCCUUGAAUGGGACUCACAGGCCUAAAUGAGAGAGGUCUUCUGACUGUUUGCUGCACUGGAAGGCAUGAAAUAGACUAGUUUUUUUUUUUCCACAGGGCUUGUCUCUCAAUGUGGUGCAUUGUUGGGCAGGUUUGGACCUGGUUCCAGGGAAUGAGAGGGCUGGAGGUGGGGCUUGGAAGGCAAGUUCUUUUUGAAGCCCCAUUUCCUCAUCAGGCCUAGUUCUCUCUCUUGCCAUGGGACCAGGCUCCUGCCAGCCACUCUUCAAUAUGUGGAGCUGGGAGGUUUCUGGUGCAGUUUGAGUCAAACAAGGAAGGAACACUUGAAGUUGAGGGGCAAACCCUACGGAAGAGCCAAGAAAGGCUGUGGUAUUAAUCGUUUAUUAUUAUAUACACAUUCAGACUGGUUUAACAUCAACCACCAUGCUUUCCAACCACUCCCAGCCACCACACGUGUGGGCAUGCACGCACAUACACACACACACACACACCUCUUAGGAAGCAGGUUUCCCUGUCUGCUCCUCUUCCCACAGGAGAGAGAUGACUGGGCACUUUGGAGGUGCAAAGUUACAGGGACCUAAAGGGUUGGAAGAGAGGAGUCAGCCACUCUGGGCUGGAGCAGCUGUAACUAACUUGGCUGAGGCUAAAGAGCCUAGGAAGGCCAGUCACGGAGGGUCCUGAACCCAGGUCCCCAGAAGGGUUUUCACCAAACAGGAAAGUCCUAUUUGAUGUGAUGCCCAGCCUUUACCUAAGGCAUAGGCAAUGUUUCCAGUCUCUUGGAGGCCCUCUGCUUAGACAGCCAGCACAGAAAAGGUCAGAGUUUCGGCUGUGCUCUGCCAGCUGCCUCAAGCAGGAGGCUGCAGAGUGGGCAGCAGAGUCCAGUCUUUGUGGACCCUGGUGGCAGCAGAGGCUACUAAGGAAGGAACCAUGCCUCUGGCCCUGGUCCCAUGUCCUCAGCAUUCUUAAGGAACAUGGCUGUCCACCUCUUUCCCUGAAAGACUGUUUAAGUCCCUCCCACAUAAUUGUCCCAGGCUCCUAAGAUGAAGGGAGCACCCCACACUCUGAUUAGAUGGCACCCCUGUCGGGGCAGUAGGUGGGCUCAUCCCACCCAGGAACGAAGGGGGUGGGGCAGCUCAGCCCCGGGAGCGGGGCCUGUAGUCUGAGGCUGAGCGGGCAUGGUCAGGGUAGUCCAGGCGGCUCUCGGAGGCGGUGAGCAUGCGUUCAGGCUCCACCACGAACAUGUAGUAGAAGUUCCACAUCAGCAUGGACAGCAGAGGCAGGAAGGUCAGGCCGUAGCCAAAGCCUCGGAAGGAGCGGCCCACAGCGAAGGUCAGCCAGUAUAUGAGCCUGGGAAGCAAGAAAAGGUCGAGCUUUCCUUGAGGGAAGUGCAUCAGCUAACAGGUUGAUGAUAGGGAGAGUGGGAAGUGAGGGAGGCAGAUGGGGGUUGGCUGGCACAACUGAUACCUCUAAAAACAACCAGUGUUCACGCACUGACGUAUGUGCCGGGCACGGUACUAAUUACUUUAGGGGCACUAUUUAAUUUAGACCUCACAUCUCUAUGAAGCGUGCAUAUUAUUCACCUGCCUCUUUGUAUACUUCUCAAAUUUGAAUUAAAAAGUUUUGAGUAGGCAAUAUACAUUUACACGGUUCAGAAUUCAAAGGCACCAGUGAAUGUAGUAAAACGUUUUCCUCCACUGAUUCCCAGAUACUCUGUUCUCUUCCUUCACCUCCUCACCUCUAUUCUACUCCCACCCCAGACAUCAUCCAUUAUUAUGGUUUCUCGUAUGUCGUGAAGCUUUCUGUGUAUAUAAGCAAGAAAACUUAUGUUUUCCUCCCCUGCCUCUUUUUUUUUUUUUUUUUUGAGGUUUGGGAGCAUACUAUUCCAUGGGGUCGCAGAGUCAGACAUGACUGAGUGACUGAACUGAGCAUACUAUAGAGACUAUUCUGCACAUUGACUUUUUCCCCCCAUUUAAUGCAUCUUGGAGAUUAUGUCAUUGUGUGUGUGUGUGUGUGCAUGUGUGUGUGCGUGUGUGUGCUCAGUUGCUCAGUUGUGUCCGACUCCUUGAGACUCCAUGGGCUGUAGCCCACCAGGCUCCUCUGUCCAUGGAACUUUCCAGGCAAGAAUACUGGAGUGGGUUGCCAUUUCCUCCUCCAGGGGAUCUCCCCGACCCAGGGAUUGAACCCACAUCUCCUGCAUCUC